AUGACUAAAACAUUUUCCAUUAAUGAUAUUCCUGAGUUUUCUAAAAAGGAGCGCAUAGUUGUCGUGGGCGUUAUUGGGAAAUCACCUUACCGCUAUCCUAAUAAAACAACACCUCUCAUACCAAAUGUACAAUGUAAAGAAAAUGGUAUAGAAUGCCACUGGGAUGAAAGAAAAGGUAUUUUGUAUCUUCACGCAGUAACUUACCUGGACACAACGAGACUGGUGUCUUUGGCUAAAGACUUGGAUGAGAAUUCUGAUAGUACAGUAAAGGAUGCAGAUGCAGCUAACUGGUUGGUGGCAUCUGGGGAACUGGCUAUAGAGUCAUGCAAGGCUUUGGCAUUGAUCUUCCACCUUUGUCAUAUAGUGGUGUUGUCAUCUCCAACAUCUGUCUUUGAUCUUGGUUAUUUACAGCUGUUUAAGGCUAUUGCUGGAUACAGGGCCGAACUAGCAACUGAAACUGCUGAGGAGUUACAGUCAUCCGGAGCAGGAGGUGCAUGGGAAACACAUGGCCGACCAUGUUGUCCUCGGCUACUGUUUCAUUUUCGCCGCGCCCCCACUCCAUUGAGGAAAGCACCAGCUGCACUCAAAAGACUUGAACAUGCAGUCGAAGAUCAAAUAUACUUUAUUCUUAGAAAAUCAAGGACUAUUACUAAUGUCUGUGCGAAGUCAUUAUUUGCGAUUCCUAAAAACGAAGAGUUUGUAUAUAUUAGCGCUGAAAGCGACAGAUAUUGCGCACAAGACGUCAGCUCUCUUAUACGUGGGUUAGUACAGCUGUGUGCGGGGGCAGAGCCCGAGGGGCCUCCACAGAGGAGCACCUUCAGGGAAUUUCUUCAAGGUCACUUGGAUUUAGCAUUUGGAGAAGGUUUUGAUGAUAAUGUCGGCAAGUAUGCCAUGAGCACAUCGUUCUUUGAGCUGCCGAGCGCGCGCUCGUGGCGGCUGGCGGCGCGCGCGCUGGCCCCCGUGUACCUGCGGCCGGUGCGCGGCGAGCGCGAGCCGGGCGCGCUGUUCGACGCGCUCGCCACCGACGUGCGCUUCUCUCAGGCGAGGUGCGCCAAGGUGUUACCAAUAGCUCAAGCUUCUUAUGCUGAGGGCUUACCGCCUCAUUACUCUAGUCAACACCAUGCACAUAAGGUGAGCGUGGCGCUGGGCGUGGUGGAGGCGAUGGCGCGCGGCCCGCUGGCGGCGGCGGCGCGCGCGCGCUUGCAGGCGGCCUGCGGCGCCGUGUGGCGCUCGCGCCGUCUGUGCGAGGCGCCCUCCCUCACCGCGCACCCCUGCGUCCACCCGCAGCAUGACAGCAGUAAAGAACACUCGUCGGGCGUGCGCUACGUGAGCGCCUGUAACUGCGGCCGUACGAAAUGUUCGCGAGACGACCCGUACACCGUGAAGAAGGCCAACUACACCUUCUACGUGUACGCGGCAGAGGAGUGCGGCGUGUGCAACACCCUGCAGAGCAUCGACUUUCCUGUUUUCCAGCCUUCUACCCCUAGCUUUAGAGCCGCGUCAGUCAAAUCCGCAACUGAAGAAAAUGGUGCUGACAACAAAGACGCCGCUGACGAGGAGUCUCACGCGGCGCUGACGUCACCAUCGCGAUCGUGGUCACCACCUGACGAGUUGUCACCAGGCUCGGCAAGAGAAGGUGAUGGUGACGAUGAUGACGAUGACGAAGACAAUGAUGAUGGUGACGGUGACGAGCCGCCACCCUGUAACGACACUCUUGAACUCGUCGCCGUACAGGGAACCACAAAUGAGAAAUCAAUAAGCCGACAACCGUCAACGACGGAGUACCUACCAGGCAUGCUGCAUACGGGCAGCCCCGCGGCCUUGCUCCCGGCCUUUCCAAGCUGGUCACUACUGUGUCUGGGUUCAUCCUCGCUGUACUCACAUAGCGCCGGUCUACCCGAGCACUUACAGCCUGGUUUUCUACCACAUACGAACUACUUGUUGCCGUGGGACUGCGCUGUCCGUCUCGAAUGGAGGCCCCGGCCGCGUCGCCCGCCGCAUUCACACGCACACCUGCACCCACCACAUCCUGCACAUCCUGCGCCACUCACCGUCAAGAUCUUCAUCGGCUUCGAGUACGAGUGCCCGCGUGGACACAGGUUCAUGAUGUCGUCCCCGGACACGGUGGUGAGCGGCGGCGGCGGCGGCGCGUGGACCCGCGAGGCGCACGCGGCGGGCGCGCGGCUGGCGGCCAGCGACAUGCCGCUGUACGCCGCGUGCGUGUGCCGCGCGCACGCGCCGGCGCAGCUCACGCGCCUGCACGUGGUGACGCCCAAGGCGCCCGUGCACGUGACGCUGGCGCCGCGCGCGCAGCCGGCGCCGGGCGGGCCGGUGUUCACGCCGCAGCCGGCCGGCGGCGGCGCGCUGCGCCUGAGCGCGUCGGCCUACUGGCUGCUGCGCCUGCCCUUCGUGUACGCGGACGAGCGCGGGCCCGCGCCGCGCCCGCGCGCCGCGCCCGCGCCCGGCCUGCUGCUGGCGCCGCUCUUUGGCCUGCAGGAGUGA